UUUUAAAUAAGCCGCGAAGUAUUGUUUGUAGAUUAUAAAUCGUCGAUGUAAAGCGCACAAACAGUGUUGCAUGCGUCUUCUAGUUGAUGUAAGUGAUUGGCGGGAGAUUAACAUGUGUUUCAUCAUUGAGUUUGGUUUAAUGACCUGUCAUCACACGUCUUAGCAUCACCCAGAGUGAAGAAGAUGUUGAGAAAUGCCUCUGCACAGAUACUUAAACAGUUGGUCCGGCACAGGACUACAGAUGCUAAUUUGAUCUUGGAGAGAUCCAUUAACCGGGUGCAGCUGCUUGGGCGAGUGGGACAGGAUCCCGUCAUGAGACAGGUGGAGGGCAGAAACCCCGUCACCAUCUUCUCCAUGGCAACAAAUGAGAUGUGGCGGUCUGGGGAGGGAGAACCAACAGGUACAGGAGAUGUUAGCCAGAAAACGACAUGGCACAGAAUCUCAGUAUUCAAACCAGGCCUCAGAGACGUGGCGUAUCAGUACGUAAAGAAAGGGUCUCGGAUUCUUGUUGAAGGAAAGCUCGACUAUGGAGAGUACACGGAUAAAAACAAUGUCAGGCGACAGGCAACAACUAUUGUUGCAGAUAAUAUUGUGUUUUUAAGUGAAAACCUGCGAGACGAGUAGUGAGGACUCCUUCCUGGACUGUAGGAACCAAAAGAAGAUAUUUUAUAUAGUGUUACUCUGCUCACUGACAUUAAACUCUUGAGUAUCUUUCUGUCCGGCCUCAUCAGUCAUACAUAGACUUAAGAAGUCUUGUCGUUUUUUUGAUUGUCAUGCAUCGUGUCUUAUUUCCGACAGAGGGCGCUGACAGAUGCACUUUGACAUGUAUCUACUUUCCAGAACCAAGCACUGGAUUAGACUCUUUGUAUAAGAAAUGCUACAUUUCCCUUUUCUGGACUUUCGAAACAUAAAAGCAUCAUAUUUGACGUUAUAUCUAAUCAAGUCACUUGUAAUGUUAUGUUCAUAAAUAAAUGUAAGUUGUUCAGUA